CGUUAGUAGGGCGAUAGUUUGUAUCGACCAAGUAUAGGGGUGUGGUAUACUGCAAAGGUGACACCUAUAAUAAACUCACAAGACAACAGCUUAUCUCUGUGGCACUACGGACUAGCUAACUAGAGACAUUACAACGAGGAGAAAACGACCGGAAUGGGGUGUUUUGAUUGUCUGGCGUUAACGCCGUUUUCAUCUUUAAUUGCUACAAUAGUUUUGGCAGUGGGACUGGGUUUGUAUUGCGGAUGUGGAUUGGUGGCAUUGGAUAAGACAUGUGACAUGUUCACCGACACAUUCGUAUGUUGUGGAGAAGCUGAGGAUACAUAUGAAUCUGAAUUUGAACAGUUUAAAUCUGCGUUAGAGCUCUCCAUUUAUAUAGUAACACCUGUUAUGGCUGUCUGGGCAAUUGCACUGCUUGUUUUAAGUUUUCUGUCAACACACAAAGCUAAAGUUCAAGUUUAUGGUGGAGAAAAGACAUCAUGCGGUGGUUACAUCUGUAAUUCUAUUUUUAUUGGUUUCACGUAUAUAAUAUUUCUCGGGUGGUUGUUGUUUGCUGCAUUAACGCUUAUUCCACUUAUGGAGCUGCUGUCAGUACUCAACAGCAUUUAUUGCUUUGAUGAAAGUUACAAAGUUGACUUAAAUCUUACUCUAUACGGAUAUCCUGUUGAAAAUUUUACAGAUUCUUUGUGUGAUGAUGUGAUUACUGCUGCUGAUGAUCAGAUGAAAAAUUUCUGUGUAGCAUUUAAUGGUAAAUUGACAGAAGCUGGAGACAACUUAGCAGAUAAGGCAAUCAAAGCCAUGUAUGCACUAAAGCAGUCUUUACCAAAAGAAACAGACUGUAAAACAUACAUCCAUCUGUUUAAUAUAUGUAUCAAACCAAUUUUACUGUAUGGAUAUGAAAUUUGGGGAAUGGAAAAUAUGAGUAACAAUAACUGGAACAAAAUUAAAACAGAAAAAGUUCAUCUAAAAUUCAGUAAACACCUACUUGGGCUUAAUAAAAACACAGCAAAUGAUGCAUCUGAAAUUGGAGCAUUUCCAUUGAUAACUGAAGUGAAAAUUAAUAUGAUUAAGUUCUGGUCCUAUGUCAUAGUCACAAAAUAA